CAAUCACAUCGUUUGCCAUUGUUGGUCAGUGUGUGGACCUACUUUGCCAACUGUUGACAAGAUUAAAAGGAAAAAUAUUGUGAUUUAUAGAUAGCACUCAUUUUCCAAACUGGACUAUAGAACAGGGACCAGAAUAGUGCUUCUUAUCUGUUUAUAGGCUAUCAAUGGAAACCUCAAACUAAAAACAACACCCCUAGUGAUUAGAUCAUUGGUUGGCUCAGCUGUCAGUCAUUGGCUGCCUUUGCUGGUUCGUUUAUACCGAAGACUUAACGCAGGGCGACUAAUCCUCGUUUCGGCUACAGCCAUAGGAUUGUGUCGCAGCGUCUCCCUGCUGAGCAUCUGUUGGAAUACAAGUUCAUUCUGCUUCACCUUCAUCAUCCGCCGCCCAGGAGCGACCACACCGAGAAACUGAGCGUGUAAAUGGAGUUUCAAUCGUUGUCGUGACUGUUUCUCUACCGCCUCUCACCCUGCAAAAGACUGCGUUGAAGUUGCAGCAGCAUCCACACCACCGCGGCUCUCACCUUUUGCAGUCAUGGGAACCGUCCUCUCUAUAUCUCCGGCGACCAAGAAGGCUUCUAUCAUGGACGCCGAGGUCGCAGGAGAAGGUGUCAAAAACGACAAGAGCAUCAAGAGGCACUCGAUGUUCGUCUCUCUGUCCUGGAAGAAGCUUGUGGCCAAUUCUGCCAAGAAGAGCGCAAAGAAAGUGACCCCGAACCCGCUGCCAGCCCCGUCCAGUCAGGUGGCUCAGCUCAACAGCGAAAACAUCAGGAAAACGCACCAAACCGAAGAGAAGAAACCCAAAGUGCCGAUCCCGGUCCCCGUGCCCACGGUCCCCACGCAAAACAACGAGGCUGCUGUCCAAAAUGGGAAGACUUCCACGGUCCAGAAACAGUCCAGCAACCAGUCUCUGGUGUCUCCGAGGCGGAUAGUCAUACAGGCUUCAACGGGGGAGCUGCUUCGCUGUUUGGGGGACUUCAUGUGCCGCAGGUGUUUUAAACUCAAAGAGUUAAACAGCGGGGAGGUGAUCCUCUGGUUCCGUAAUAUUGAUCGGACUCUUUUGCUCCAAGGCUGGCAGGAUCAGGGUUUCAUCACGCCGGCAAACGUGGUGUUUGUGUACCUGUUGUGCGAAGACACGGUCGAGGACAGCAUCGACAACCCAGCCGAGCUGCAGGGCACCUUUCAGACUUGCCUUUACCUUGCCUACUCCUAUAUGGGCAACGAGAUCUCCUAUCCGCUCAAACCGUUCAUGAACGACUCGAACAAGGACGUUUUCUGGGAGACAUCGCUCCGGAUCAUCAACAGGAUGAGUGCCAAAAUGCUGCAACUGAACGCAGACCCGCACUUUUUCACCGAGGUCUUCCAGGACCUCAAAAACCAACGAGAUAGCAGCGAGUCAAACCUGGACCGCUGAGACAAACGAGACACUGGUGUGUGUGUUUUUUUUUUAAAUAAAAAAAAAAAGACGAAUGUAUUUGCAAAAUCACAUAAAAAACGUGGUUUUGAAUUUAAAGGCCAUCGUUGAAGGCAAUCUCGCGUCUGGGUUGAAUAUCUCUCUAAUUAUGUUACACAACCGGUGUUUAGGAUACAGCGUAGGAGAUUUCAUACAAUGCAUGCCAAUGGUAUAUUGUCCUCUUUUGUCUUGUCCCUCUUUUGAGUGACGCAGGGAUUUGACUUCGUGGUGCAAAUCACAUUCUAAGUGACACUCAAAUCCCCUCGUUUCAUUCAUGAUUAGCCUACUUUGCUGGUUAUACAUGAGUGGAUGUCGCAGUGGAGGUGAGCUUUCCAGGCAGGACCAGAAAUAGAUCUGUUUUUGUGGAGGGAGUCGAAGAAGGCGGAGCUGUCCGAGGUGCUGACCUGUGCGGACAUUUCUCCUCCUGCUCCCUGCUGCUUUGCCACAACAGAGCCAAGCGUGGCUUUAAGAGAGACAAGAGUCAGCCCAGUACACCUUCUGCACACCUUCAGUACAUAAGCCUAAGCCUUGUAAGUAGGGGUAUACAGUAUAUUGUGCUUUUUUUAAACCUACUGAUAGUUAAGCUGUUAGACGUGCAACAGAUAUCAUCAGACGCAUGUUCUCUUCAAGGGUAACAGCUUUCUAUCUGCAGAAAAAGCAUCAUGCUGUGUAUGGCUAUAUCUACACACCUGGUUGGAAUGUGUUCAGCUCAUUUUUGUGUGUUUAAAAGCACAAAUCUCUUCAUAUAAACAACCUCACUUUGAGAAGAAUAAUUGUUUUCGCCUACAGAUGUGAUGUUGUAGUGAUGUACGUGUAAGUGGGCAGUUGGUUCAAGUUGAAAAUGAGGGUCAAGGGCAGAUUAAAGUAGAGGAGGGAGUAUCUUCCCCCUCCUCUGAAUGUAUAUGAUGAACUGCACUAAAUAGGCCCAUAGAUGGCCAUGCAGCAAGAUUAUCAAACCAAGGCCUCUGUUGCGUAUUGCUUCCCAAUACAUUGCAGAGGCUGAUAUGAAUAGACACUGAAUGGAAUGUACAGGUUUAAGAGAUUUUUUUUAAUCUCCUAUGUGCCAACUAUUAGAUACUCUUGGCCUGAAACUACGUGGUUUACAUGUACAUAUCCCACAUUUUAAAAUGGCUCUGUGGUUUAUUUGGUUCUGUGUGUAGAGCUUAAUGGUCUGUAAGUGUUUCUGGGGUACAAUUCACUUUCAGUACAGUCAAUUCAGAAUGUUUCCUCGUAAUGUAAAUAUUGAAUGUGAAGGUCUCAUUAUUAAGCGACAGACAACUAUCAUUUGCACACAUCAUUUCAGUUUCUAUAAGCUAAAGGUGAUUCAGGCAUACCUUACGGUUGUUAUUCAGUAUUAUGCUCUUUCUAAAUGAUCAUUGUGGUGUUGUGUUGUGAACCCAUUGCUUGGAAAGUGGAAUCUAAUGCCGCUAUUUUGCACAGCUGAGAACAAGCUUUUGAUGUUUUGCACAGUGGUAUAAUAUAACAGUCUUGUACCAGUGUUUCCUUUCAGUCACUGGAGCCAUUUCAGUUGAAAUUAAUGUCACCAAGUCUUCAGUCACCUGUGAAUUAGAUCUUUUGUACAGUACAUUUUUCCUAUAUGUCAACUAUGGAAAGUGAAAUCUAGAUGUGCGUGUUGUCUGUGGUGUUGCACCACAGUUGCAUUCACUCUCUCUACAUGUUAAAAAGGUCAAUGCAGUAAUUGUUUAAUGGUGACCAUGAUGAAAUAAACCCAAACUUAUGUAGGA